AGCGCGGCUACCCGAUACCCUUAGCAGCGGCAGCAGCAACACACACAAGAGCAGGAAGCAAGCAGAGGCAGGCAGGCAGGCAGGCUCUUUCUUCUCCCUUUUCUUCUCGUACCAGCAGUAGGCUGGCAAAGGAACCAACACUCGCAUCAACAGCAGCUGUCCAACACUAACUCUACCGAAUGGCUGCUAGGUAGUGUCGAGCAGACCAGAGACCAAAGCGCGGCCAGGCAGUCAGCCGCAGGUAGCAGCUCGCGUAGCGGAGCGUGCACGCGUGACUGAGGUUCGUUUCUUCCGUUCCGGAGAUCCUACGUCGUUUAGCCUCCGUGCAUCGCCACCAAAGCGGUACUGGUCAGCUAGUGUGGCCUCUGACCUAGCCGAACCAAACCUAACCUAGCUACACCUAACCCAACCCAGCCCAGCCCAGCCCAGCCCAGUUUAGUCUAGCGUCCUCCACUGCCUACCUAGUGGCAAUCGACUUGAGCUACGUAUUAUUGCCGUUUCUCUUGUCGAAGCGAACCUUAACGUCGAUGUCCUACCCGCUGUGUGCCUUUUCUACCACUACCUCUCCUGAGGUAUCUUUGACUCUGCUCUAAUCUGGUUUACGUUGUUCGAUUAGCCGUUGAUUUAAUGGAAACGAAUUGCGUCGGUUUGUUGAGUUGUCGUGCACAUCGUUAACAUAUUAAUCUAACGGAACAUACACGGUGCACGACGAGAAAUAGUAGAAAUGAAAUUCGGACCCAUGCGUGAUCUCAUCGUCAAUGAUAACAACAACAACGACGACGUCGUCUUUACCUACAGUAACAAUUCGUCAGUGUGCCUUGACGGCUAUGCGCGUUAGUCGACAGCAGGUGUUAUCGCAGUGUUGGAACACAUCUGUCCCGUAACGUAAGGUUCAGUGAGUGGUUAGUCAUAACCUGCAGGUCACUUGAAAUUUGUCUGCAGAUAAAAAUGCGCCAAAAACUGGUUCGUAAAAGGUGAUUAGUUUGAUUCGUGGCCUGGCUAAUUAGUCUCCCCAAUGUUACAUUUUUUACCACACACGGUUCAUCAUAGCCAGACGCAAUCGUAUGAACGUGACAGAGUUGUGACUUUGGCAUAUACUAAUGUGAAACAAGCUAGGUCUUAACUGUAACGUUAACAAUAGUUGAUUAUAACUAGAAAAGAAAACGAGUUACGCUAAAUGUCUAACAUAAAUAUAUACAAGCAUAUGCAGAGUAAGAAAAAAUAUCAUCGUUGGUAAUAACCGACAGAGGCAAUGGUGGUGAAGAAGUGAAGUGUUAAUUAUAUAGUUCGCACGCUCAACCUAAUGAGUGUUCGUCGGUCAAGCUGCGAGUGUGUUAGAGGACCUCAGUGGCGUGGACUCUUUGGACUGCUAUUCUAGACGACGGGACAAGCGAAGUGACCCUUUUGGAAGAAAAAACAGGCCAAAGCAACAACAGCCACAACAACAACAACAACAACAACAGCAAUAAGACGAAAACAAGACAUAAAAAUAGGUGAACGUUUUUAAGUAAACAGAUAAACCUUAAGGGUUGUUGAAGUCCCGUCCCAUCCGUGAUAUUCUGUGCGCACAAAACCCGUCUAGUGUCCGUCCUGGUCUGUGUGGGACUACCUCCCCCCCCCGCCCAGCGUGAAACCGAUUAGUACCACUAAUAGUAUCGGCAGCAAAAACAGCAACACAUUUAAACGGUGCGAACUAGUUAGAGCAGCCGCUACAGCUAUAGAAGCCAAGCCAUACGGCGAAGUGGCUCCUCAAAAGAAUCCAUCCAACCUAUCAGUAAACAAACAAGUCUACCCACUUUCGGUUUUCGGUGACUGCUCAACGUGUUCCCUAUCAAACUGCUGCUCCGAACGAGGUCACCGCCCGGUCUCUCCAUGAGUCCCACGAGCACAUUGGACGCGUACAACAUGGACUUGACCACGGCGGCCUAUCGGUACAACGCCACAAUGAUGGAGUACUAUAGCUGUCACGGCGGCGUGAACCAACUGGGCGGAGUGUUUGUCAACGGUCGGCCUUUGCCCGAUGUCGUUCGACAACGCAUUGUCGAACUUGCCCACCAGGGCGUACGACCAUGUGACAUCAGCCGACAGCUGCGGGUCUCACACGGUUGCGUCUCCAAGAUACUAGGACGUUACUACGAAACGGGUUCUAUUCGCCCAGGAGUGAUCGGUGGAAGCAAGCCUAAAGUAGCGACCCCCAAGGUAGUCGACGCCAUCGCCAACUAUAAGAAACAGAAUCCGACAAUGUUUGCCUGGGAGAUCCGGGACCGUCUCCUCGCCGAUCAGGUCUGCGACCAGGACAACAUUCCCUCGGUAUCCUCGAUCAACAGAAUUGUGCGCAACAAGGCGGCGGAGAAGGCCAAAGCGGCGCAUUCGCACUCGCACGUGUCUUCUCCGGCGCCCUUGUCGCCGCCUCAGCAGACGCCAUCACUUGACGCGUCGCGGCCCUCGUACUCUAUCAACGGUAUCCUCGGCAUCGACGGCAAACGUAAACGUCAACAACAGAAUAUUUCCGGCCCCGACCAAACCGACGUUAACUCGAACGGUGAGGUGCGGAGUGAUCUCGAGGAUGAUGUUAAGCGGCCGAGGACGACACAGUACAACGACCAAUAUCCUAGCCUCAGUCCCAACAUGUGGCAAAAGUGGUCAACAAAAACAGAAGAUAUGAAACCUUCGGCAACGGCGAUGGUCAAUGAUAUUCCCUCGGGUGGGUCGGGAUCCCCAUAUGCUCUGCAACAAUUCACGGCCGAUCAGGCGUUCAGCCCGUCAACGACCUCUGCAGCACCCGCGGAGCCUAAGCCCGAUGUUGACGCUCAGACUCCUUUCGAGGCGCUUAGCGCUCCGGGUCAACAACAAGCCAGUCAACCGCAGACACAGGCUACAACUGUAUACACGCCUCCCAUAGGUGGUGUAAUGCCCGGUCUCACAGCCGUCGGCCUCCAUGAACUGGGCGCCCGUUACGCCAAUGCUUCCCCUGCCGCCCCCAUAGCCUCCGACGCUGCAUCUCCCCGGGCGUACGACUCAGUGGCCGCAGCGGCCGAGUCCCCUGCCAAAGCCGACGCGCCGUUGGCCCCUCCGUUAGUCGCGCCGAUGGCGGCCGCCGCCCCUAGCCUCUCGUCACUCACCGUGCUACAGCCGGUCCACUCGACGACGAUACCAGGCUACGCCUCUUUCGCUCAGUACGCUGCACCCGCACCUCUCAAACCUCAGCCGCUGCUCACACUCGAGGAUGCCAACCAUAAUACUACUGCCUCAACAACCGGUCCCCAAGAACAGUGUCCUGAUGUGAGCGGAAGUGUAGCAACGACAAAUGCAACCGAUUACCCCUACGCAAGUCCCUACUCACAAUACUCCACAGCUGCCGCGGGGGCAUAUGCUGCCUACGGUUACGGGUCUGGAAGCAUUCUCAAUCCCUCGUACUAUUACACCCAUAAUGGGGCACGGUCGACUGCGGCGUCGACUACUCAAAGUGUUGCGUCGCUUGAGAGCUAUAAAGCAUCACUAGAGCGUUGCUGAGCCGCCCGGCGAAUCUGAGCAAUUAGAAACAGCGGUCGAAGUGUAGACGGACUACUAUGAAGUUAUAAUAAGACAUGCGCGAAAAAUCAUUCGACGGGACGAUGAAGAGGCAAAACCUGAGAAAGGAGCUAAAGGGAGAAAGAGAGCUGAGAGAGAAGAAGACAAGAAGCAGUGAUGCCACUGAAGGAGAUCUCACUUGUGAUAAAAAAAAGAACACAAUAAUGGACAAAGCAUAAUGAUACUAAUAAGAAAAGUAAUAAUAAUAAUAAUAAUAAUCGAUGAAGGCAACCGCGUCAAAAGAAAGCGCAAACUUUGCUCGCCCAGACAUUAUUGAUUACAGUCGAAAAUCAUUUUCUGGUUGCAUUGAUGUUGUUCAUUCUUACGGAUGUGCGGUUUAGAGAACUUGACGCCGGACGCUCGCAACAUCAGUCGCAGCUGCAGGACAAUACGGGGAUUACAUAUGAAAUCUAUUAGGGCAAGAAAGAAGGAAGUCUGUGUGAGAGCAAGGUUGACAAGGAAUCGAUCGAGACGCUAAUGGACCUAGAGAGAGAUAGCAACAGCUGUGAAUAAUGUACAGAGUUUCAUUGGAGAGAGCGAAAGAAGAGGAAGAAAAGAAAAAAAACUAAUAACAAAGAAGAGCGACCUCAUAUUAACAAAGACAAAGCAACAUCACGCCAACACAACGUUAACGGUCUAAACAGAGACCACUGAGAUUAAAAAAUCUAGCUCGACCGCCCGCACCAGUUUGUCUACAAUGCAAUACAUUAUUUUAUGACUAUUACUAUCAUCUUAUUCGUGUUCUGGAUCCCUGUAGGCGGAGAGAGAGAGAGAGAGAGAGAGAGAGAGAGAGGGAGAGAGAGAGGGAGAUAAACGAUGAGAGCGAGAGAGAGAGAGGGCAGAAAGAAAGCAUGGACAAAUGGUAAAGCUCUCGUUGGUUUCAGCCGAUCCGAGUUGGCUGAUAGCCUAGUUCUCAGGGAGUCGCACGACAUGAACUAGCAUCUUUCAGCACUAAUCGACGACUCAAUCUGCCAGGUAUGUUUCCGUUUUGCAGGGGAACACGAGGGAGAUGGGCGUCGUGUUAUGACCAUGUACAUUGCUUACAUAUGACUACUUCUCGAAGUAAGGAGGUUGGUCGCUGCACGGCACUAAGGAGAAAAAUAGCACCACCAUAAACGGGUGACAAACGGGCACCACUUGCCAGAAGCCCACGGCAGUCGGACGUAGGCUGCGCACCGAGCUCAAGCCCCCGGAAGUGAGACGAAGGGAGAAGGUGAAAUCCAGGGAGGUGGCGUACUGCGCCCGGCUUGCUGUCCGGCUCUCAGACGCAAAUACAGAGGAUACCAAAGAACCGGAGUCGACUCGACAGCAGCGUUAACUUUGAACGGCCCCGAUUCACCUGUGGUUAAUCACAACGCUACGCUACCCACGGGAAGCUGCAGAGCCCGCCAUGCACAGGCUGACGUGUACGGGAUACGCCUAUAUCGAUAUCUCCAGAAGCUCGCGGGUCAAAAUGCUGUUCGUGCGACUGUUCGCUAGGACAGCAAAAAGGAGUACGAAAAUCAGGCGCUGAAAACGACGACGUAAGCAAUGUUGAUUGGUGACAGCCACAGAUCAAGCGGGGACAUCGCAAUGAUACAGUCAGUCGGCCAUUGUACACAUAACUUUGAUUGAUUGGUCGAUAGAUCGAUCAAGUGAGCAUCGAUUCAUUGAUACAUAAUACAACCGCAUUGUAUUUUUAUUCAUCUAAUGACGACGACGACGACGACGCUGCUAAACGAAAUUAUUAUCACUGUUCUUUCCACCCGUAUCUGUUAGUACCCUUACUGCAACGAUGAGUAAUAUAUAGAUGCUGAACAUAAUGGCGUAAAUAAUUUAUUAUCAGAAGCGGAAACACACAGAAGUAUCCACACAAAUAAUCCAGAGAGCUACAGAUGUUGCGCUAUGGCAAAACAACGGCGUAGAACAUUACCAAUGUCAGAGUGAUCAAUCGGGCCAACUACGGAAAACGUAAUAUUUAGCGUUGUCGCAAAUCAUAUUUUGUUUUUUUUCAUGAGCAAUGAAAAGAUCCGUACAAGACAAUGAACCACACGAACGUAGUCACAGGCGGCGUGAACAAGUAUUGCUAUACGUCACACGCUGACUUCUAACACACGUGGCAACACAUUGAUAUAUAAACAAAAAAUAUUCAAAUCUGUGAAACGUUGAGCUGCUGAGGAAGAAUAAGUAAUAUAAUUUCUCAUUUUAUAUUACCUAUUAUAGCUAUAAGUAUGGCUAUUAUAAUUCUAAUAACACCUAUACAUGAAUAUAUACAUAAUUACAAACGUUCUGACGAUAUGAUAUAACAAUUACUAUGAAUAGUAAGAUGAUAACAAGGAUAUUAAUAAUAAUACUGUAUUCAUUUGAAACUAGACAACUUAGGUAAUGCAUAUAUAUAUAUAUAUAUAUAUAUAUAUAUAUAUGAAAAAGCGCGGGAAAAUUUAAAUUUGCGACCGACCCCAAAAGCAGUGAUGUCACAAUCACACGGGGUCGCUGUUUUGGAGGGGCUGGUGCGAGAACGAGACAAUAGUCGAAAAAAGCUGAUACAAUAAGGUUUAUGUAUAUAGUAUCAUGACACCAAUUGAUAUAUAUAUAUGGUUAUUACUGUAAUAACCUACAGCGCCGAUGGUUCUGUGCCAACCAACGUCCGUCUAUAUAAAACUCGAACUUGAAAAAACCUCAUCAUAUUAUUAGAUUAUUGAUAACAUUAUUAAUCUUAGCGACGGUAAUACGGCAAACCUGGGAAACUCGCGUGUGCCCCAUAUCUGCGUUGAAAAUUGUGCCUCUCAAUAAACACAAAAAACGAAAUAAAACUAGUUUACAAUUAACUGCAAUUACGAGCAUAACUUUUAGACGCACGUGGGAAGUAGAAAAAAAAAACAGACAACUGGUGUGUAAUCGUUUCGUUUUCCCGUAUAAACACUUUUUACUGGCGGUCAACAUGAGUUCGCUUUAUAUUUGCGUGUAUUCCCGUGUAUAUUUGCCGUAAGAAUAUCACAACUAAUUGCCCAUUUAUUAGCUGAGUUGAAGGGUUCCUCGAUAUCGUCAACCAAUUCAUAAAAGAAUACCGUCUCAAUAUUAUGCUUGUUAUUACUGUAAUAUCGAUAAUUACAUUAUCACUAAUAUAAUCUAAGAUAAUUAUAUUGUGAAAUCUUCGUUGAGGUUUUAGUUUAGGUAGCACGAUUCGUUCUCGCCCGGUGCGUUUAUGUUCGAUCUUCAUUAGUUUCGUUACACACAGUACAGCGUCAGAUAGAACCUUAUGGAUAUAUCUACGCGCUGAAUGGUAGUGGACGCUUAAAAACUCGAAAAUAGCUAUACUUGCGUACGUAUUAGGUCUUCGCAAAAACGUACUUCUUUCUCUUUUUUUUUUUUUUUUUUUUAUUUUUUUUGAUAAUUCGUUUUACAGAACAUGCGAGUACUAUAAUGCUGGUAGUCACAGUAAAAGCUUAUUCGAGGAAUGACAUUAAAAGAAAAACAAAAUAAUUCCUGAUCGUUGCGUCCUCUUUGCAGAAGCAAAAAUAAUCUCAUACUGAUACUGAUUUUAUGGCUGUCAUAUCUAGACUAAUCCAAUGAGAAAGUUCUGUACGAAAAUACGAUAAUUAUAAAUAUAUAGACAUAUAUCAAUCGACAAGGAUAUAUAUGAGUAAUAUAUAAUAUUACUAUACAUAAAAAAUAAGAGCGAAAGUGAAGGAUGAGGAAUAGUUGUCAUUGUACAUAUGAGGAUAAAGCAGCACUCGUCUAUUCAAAUUUCAACACAACACUAAAGGCAAAUUACCGUAAUACUAUACGAAUUUUGAUAAUCUUUCCAUAAAACUGACGGCACGCAACUCAGCGUGCCUGUUCAACCAGCCGAAACGGUCCCCAAACUACACAGACCCAUUAUGAUAUAUGUAGGAUGCUCUACGAAUUAAAUAAUUAUAGUUAUCUAAUUCAUGUUUUUUUUUUUGCUUUUCAUUGAAUUAAGAAAUGAAUUGUAAUUAAUUGUUGCAUGAUAUAAUUGCGAUCAUUAUCAUCUUGCAAUGUUUGUCGCGCCCUAAAUAUGAUGCCGAUGUCUCGGGUACAUCGGGUGACAUAAUACAAUAACCGACCAUAACCGAUGGAUGAAAAUAUGUGUGAAUGGCAACAGGAAAAGACGGUUGGCUGAAAGGAAGGAACAAAAAAUCGAGAGUGGAUUUGGAAGUCAUAAACGAAGAGUGACUUUUACCACAGCGAUCAAAUGAAACGCGUGGUUCGUCUGCGUCAUAUUUAUUGCGUCGAUGGUGCGGACGGGAACGAUCGCAGAUUACCCCAACAUACAACAUACAAACAAAAUGUAUUGGUCAAUCGUUGCGCUGAUGCAGAGAACAUAACAAUAGAAAAAUGCUUGCGACAACAGUAACAUCUGUUGAAAAUCCUGACAACGGACAACAACCGCUACAAUAGCUCUACCCUAAAAAUCGUUGUAAUAAGAAGGUGGCGACAUCAAUGGGAUUAACGAAAG